ACGGGUGAUGAUAUGGAAUAUUAUUAUCCAUAUUAUAAAAAUGAAAUUUUGAAAUAUCAUGAUAGAAUAAUUUCUAAAAUUAAAGACAAAAUUAAAAAUAAUGAAUAUACAAAGGGAAAAACUAAAUCACAACUUAAACAGUUGAAAGAUUUCAAAAAUAAAGUAUUAACAGAAGAAGAUAUUGAUGAAUUAUAUAAAUUAUAUAAUCCUGAG